UCGUUUUUCUUUUUAAGUUAUCGACUGUGUGUAUUUCUUUUGUGGAUGUAUAUGCUUGACAAACUUAUUUUCUGUUCUUCGAUCUUAACAAAUUUUGUCGAUUUCUUCUUCAAAAUCGCCAAUUUACAAACGAGGCCAUAAACUGAAAGGUGUUACCCAUUGGAACAUGGAUAUACAAGAAAUUAUCAAUAUAUUUAAUGCAAAAAAUGUAUCCCAAGUCAAUGAGGAUUGUUCUGAGGGUUUGGGAGGUAAUAAUCAGUCGGAGAGCGAUGAUUGUUCAUCCGAUGAAAACGAAGGUAACACUGAAGCAGAAACUAACAAUGAAGGGUAUGGAUGCAACUUUGAUUCUGAAAAUGGUAUAGAAUGUGCUGCUGACAUAGAGAAAAUUAAUUUUAAGGAGACAUGUUUGGAAGAAAUAAUGAGUUAACAUUUUCCGAAUCGUGAAGUUGCAUUCAUGUUUUAUAACUGGUAUGGUUGUUCACAUGGAUUUGCCGGUAGAAAGAGCCGGGUUGUUAGGAAUGUUAAAGGUGAAAUUGUGCAACAAACAUUUCUUUGCCAUAGAGAGGGUAAUAGGAGUGAGAGGAAUAGAAAUCCUGAUGUUCAGAAAAGAGAGCUUAAACCUAUUAGUCGGUGUGGUUGCGAAGCAAAAAUUCAAGUACAUAUUGAUUUCGAUAGCGGGCGUUGGUACAUAAAAUUUUUCGAUGAUGUUCACAAUCAUAGUUUUUUGGCUGACAAGUAUGAGUGGAUGCUGCCUGCACACAUGAAGAUGACCAAAUAUGAAAAAUAUCAAAUGAAUACAAUGAGGAAAUAUGGCAUUCCAACGUCAUGGAUUUAUGGUUAUUUUGCUACACAGGCUGGUGGUUUUGAAAAUGUAGGCUAUACAAGGAGAGACAUGUACAAUGAGCAAUUGAAGGGGACAGGAAGCAAUAGUUCUAAUGCUGAUUGUGCAAUUGAAUUCUUGAAGGCAAUGUGUGCUAGGGAUGAUAUGAUGUACUGGAGGCACACUGUCAAUCAGGAUGGAACCCUUCGACACUUGUUUUGGUGUGAUGGAAUUAGUCGUAUGGACUACUCGGUGUUUGGUGAUAUUUUGGCCUUUCAAACAAAAUAAACAUAUAUCCUCCACUUGUGAAUUCUCACUCUGACCAUGGCUUCAUCAGGUGCUAGUGGAUCCAACAACAACCGUGGUCGACCUUGUAGUAUAUGAUACAAUAAGGUGCGUUGUUUCUGUAGAAGGAUUGCAGAACUGAAAAUUUCAGAAACUACCCAGAAUCCAAACAAGCUUUAUUAUCAAUGUCGAGAAGGUGACUGUAGUUUGUGGACUUGGGCACAUCCUAUGAACUAUUGUGUUCUUCAUCAACCAUAUGGAAAUUGUACAUUGAGAGUCACACCCAACGAAAAUGGAAUGUUUGAACAAUCACAAAUCCUAUCCAUUCUACAUGAACUGAGAGAAACCAAACAGGAAGUUCAUGACAUGAAGAUCACACUAAGAUUUUUCAAGGCAAUGACAUUUUUUAUGGCUCUGUUAAUUUCAUUAACUCUUUUUGUAGUUAUAAUGAAGUAACCAAUAUGGUAUUAGUGUUAGCAUAAUUUCGUUUGGGUUUGUAUUAAUCAUUUAAGAAUGAGAUUUAAUGUAUCAUGUUGUUGCUCUUGCUGUUAUUUGAGACAAUUUGUCACAACUCCAUGUUGUUGUCCAAUCCA